AUGAAGAAGAUUGCGGCUAACAAGGGCAUCGCCAUGUUCGUUGACUGGCACUCGUACGGCCAGCUCUUCAUGUCACCAUAUGGAUACUCUUGCACUGCUCGCCCACCAACCGAUGCUCGACACCAGGAACUUUCCAGGAUUUUUGCCCAGGCAUUGAAGGCGGUGCAUGGAACUCCAUACAAGACCGGGCCCAUCUGCAACACCAUCUACCAAGUUAACGGAGACAGCGUUGACUAUGCUCUCGAAGUUCUCAAGGUGAAGUUGUCUUUGACCGCUGAGCUCCGUGACACUGGCGCCCGCGGAUUCGUUCUCCCCGCCGACCAGAUCAUUCCAAGCGGUGAAGAAACCCUUGCUGGUACCGUUGCCAUGCUCAAGGCUGUGAUUCAGGGAUAG